CUCAAAAUAAAACUACAUACAAUUGAAAGACUAUUCUUCUAUUAUUUUUCCUUUCUUUUUUUAACUGUCAUUGGUAUUUUUUCCAAAAAAAGAACAGAAGAAAAAUUAGGAGAAUGGGGUUACUCUCUCAGUCUCUCUAAAGGCGAAAAUAAAACAAAUAAACAAAGGAAAAAUUGAAUUUCGUAAUAACAUCGUCAUUAAUUAUCCCCCCCCUUCACACUUCCCGCAAGAAAAGUAGAAUGUAUAUACUCUACUGACGACGGGAAGCUCAUCAGAGUUCGAAUAGCUUGAAUGGCGAUCCACAAAUUCCCGAGAGGGAAACUUCAACCCAGACCCAGAUCUUCCCUUCUUCUUAUAAUUGUGUGCGUCCUUGCCUGCACUGCUCUUUUGUACCUUGCCUCUUUUUUCUUUUCAACUACUAUUUUCUCCUUUCCCGCCUCUAGUAGAAUCAGUGUUGUUGUUGGGGGCAAUGAUUCAAAGGAUAACCACCGCCAUAAACAACCCGAUAAGUACUUGUAUUGGGGGGACAGGAUUGACUGUCCUGGGAAGCACUGUGAGUCUUGUGCGGGACUUGGUCAUCAAGAGUCUAGCCUUAGGUGUGCUCUUGAAGAAGCUAUGUUUCUAGGAAGAACAUUUGUGAUGCCUUCUAGAAUGUGCAUCAAUCCAAUACAUAAUAACAAGGGGAUUCUUCAUCAAUCCAAUAGUACCAGUUCCGAGGAAAGGUGGACAACUAAUUCUUGUGCCAUGGAUUCCUUGUAUGACAUUUCUCUCAUAUCUGAAAAAGUUCCUGUGAUUUUGGAUAAUUCAAAACAGUGGCAUAGAGUACUAUCAACAAGCAUGAAACUGGGGUCGAGAGGGAUUGCAAAUGUUCAAGCAGUUAGUCGGAAUGACCUGCAAUCUAAAAGCUCAUACUCAAAUAUUUUACUUGUUAAUAGAACCGCCAGCCCUCUCGCAUGGUUCAUGGAGUGCAAGGAUCGAAAUGACCGCAGUGCUGUAUUGUUGCCACAUUCUUUUCUUCCUUCAAUGGCAGCCAAAAAGUUACAGAAUGCAGCAGAAAAGAUUAAAGCUCUUCUUGGCGAUUAUGAUGCCAUCCAUGUCAGACGAGGUGAUAUAUUAAAAACUCGGAAGGAUAGGUUUGGCGUUGAUAGAACAUUGCAUCCUCAUAUUGAUCGAGAUACACGUCCAGAAUUCAUUCAGUGCAGAAUUGCAAAAUGGUGCCCACCAGGACGAACUCUAUUUAUUGCUUCAAAUGAAAGAAAACCAGGUUUCUUUUCGCCUCUUGCUUCAAGGUAUGUUAUCUUGCUGCUUUUGAUCCUCUUUGGCAUUUAUCUUGCCCACUAAAGGAAAUCGUGACUGUUUUACUAAACAAAUAAAGAAACUUCGUACUUUUUGAUAAUUCAAUUGCUCAAGGUUUCAAUAACUUCUGCAAUGGAAUAUGUGGUUGUUAAAUUUAUGUUUCCGUGAUCCCUCUAGUCCGUUUUUUAUGCUUAUAUAAGUUAUAGUUGUCUUUUGGUAAGAAACAUAGUUCAAUCUACUCGUCAUUUUUAUGCUUAUAAUUGUCUUUUGGUUUACAACUGCAAAAACGAAACCAAAAGCGACUGUGGCAGGUGUUUAUUAAUUCUAUUUUUUUCCCUGUUCUCACCAAGUGUAACUCUUCUGCUUUGUGCUGGGCGCAAUUCAAAUUGUAUGUUCUCUUUUGAGAUCCAUAGACAUGCUUAGCAUUAUGAUCUUACUUAUAAUAACAAGUGUGGUGUGGUCAUUUCGCUGGUGAAUUCCUUAUUAACUUUGAAAGAUUAAAAAGGACAGAGCUAAUGGCUAAAUGAUAUGACAAUCAUUGAUACUAGUAUUAUCUGAUUUUAAUUGCCGGGGACGAGGCAGUGAGAGAAAAGACUUGUUUAUUGAGAUAUUCAAAUGCCAACGUGGAUUUUAUGAGCCUUCUAGAACACUUAGGACAUAAUGAGUCUUCUAGAUACAUGGUGAAGGAAUUUCUAAAAGAUCUGAAGUUUUUUUUGCAGAAAUUCAUUUUAAUUGUUUUAGCAGUUGCGAAGAUUUCCUUUAUAAUUUUAUUUAGGAUUUGGCAUGUUUUCUGCCAUUAGUUUUGGUUCUGGGAGGAAAACAAUCUAGUUCUCAUUUGAAUUUAAAGUUUUUGCUAACUCUCCAUGUUUCUUCUAGGGAACUGUCAUAGUUCUCGGUAGAUUAAUAGAUAUUAACAAGUGAAUAUGAGUACUUGCUGAUUGUGGAUUGGAGUUUUAUUGAAUGUUCCAAAUUUAGUUUUAACUUCAGUUUUUUUUUUUUAUUUUUUUUUAUCAGACCUCGAAAAGAUUUUUUCUGGAUCAUUGCUUUUCUCCCAUUACAAUUAGAUAGCAAGAGAGCUGGGCGAACAAUAGCCAGCAGGCUUUCUUCAGGCAACGAACCAAAACCUUUCUACAGAUAUGCCCUUUUUUGGAUGGGAGGGAUUAUGCUGAUUAUCUAUAAAUAAAUAUACAGAAGAGGUUCUGGUUCUCUGUGCUUAUUAUUGAUGCACUCUGCUUUUGGUUAACCUAAUUGAUAUUGGUGCCAAAUUGUUCCUGUCUUCCUUAUGUCAUAAAUUCAAAAUAACGUGGCACUAAAAGAAAAGGGUUUUACUAUUCAGUUGUGACGUGUAUCUGUAAAUGUGUGAACUGAUACUAACUCUAGCGGUAUGCUCUAUUUGUAGGUACAAAUUGGCAUACUCAUCUAACUACAGUAGCAUUUUGGAUCCUUUGAUUGAAAACAACUAUCAGCUGUUCAUGGUAGAAAGGUUGAUUUUGAUGGGAGCCAAAACAUAUAUCAAAACUUACAAGGAAGAUGAGAAUGAUCUCAGCCUUACAGAUGAUCCCAAAAAGAAUACUAAGGUAUGGCAGAUACCUGUCUACACAAAGGAUACUGAAGAGUGCUAAUUAAUCAUCACCUACACAAUCCAUAUCGCUUCCCUUGGAAGCUCUUGUGGAGCAGCACGGUUUAGAGCACUAGUAGCUGAAAAUAUUAGAUGAACAGAGAUUAGCUUGCAACAGAGAUUGGAUUCUUGCGGCGUUAACAUAUGAUUCAUUUGAUUGGUUGGGGAAUGACGGUUCAUUCACGAGGCAUUGCAUAUUUUUGGUAUGAUUUUUAUUUGUUUCCGACAUCAACUGUAUGUAACUGUCAUUGUGGCACGGGGUAGGUCAACAUGUCGUUUGAUAUACUUGGAGGUUGAUUUUGACGAAGGCAAUGCAUUCAGAAACUUCCAUACUAGAGGAAACCUUUGUACUUUGUAGAGUUGAAAAUUGUUGGAAAGGAACAAGGAAAUCUGGUAUCUGAGUUUUGGUAGAUUUCUGUUUUUAACUGGAAAAUGGGAGAGUUUCAUACUUUUUUGAAGAGUUUCAUAUUUUGUGAUCACUGUUCCGCUUCCCGGCUAUUCCGUGACCAUUAUUAUUAAUUUUUUUUAGUGCAAAUUUUGUGACCAUUACUAUUAUUAUUAUUAUUUUUAUUUUUGUAGAGAAAUGAGAUUAUAUUAAUAAGGCUAGAUGCCUUGUUCAAAAGACGUGCAGUGUCCUAAGUAUUCUUGUUCAACAAACAAAGCUAUAAGCCC